AUGACCGACAAGUCUCUUCACGAUCGUGGUGAUGCAGUGAGCUCAGAUGAUAAUGGGCCAAUGCCAUUACCAAUGCCGGCUCAACCGACCAAGAAAAAACACAAGAAGCUUCCAUUUGAAUCUGCUUAUCUUGCUAAUUUGCCUAGUGCAGCCAUGUACGAACGUAGCUUUAUGCAUCGGACCAUCGUCUCGCACGUACUUGUUGCACCAGAGACUCAUUUCAUUAUCACGGCCAGUGUAGACGGUCAUGUCAAGUUUUGGAAGAAAAUGGCUCGUGGUAUUGAGUUUGUUAAACAUUAUAAGGCCCAUCUUCAGGAAAUACAUGGUCUUGCAGUAUCGGUCGAUGGUUUACGUCUUUGCAGCACGUCAGCUGAUCGCAGUAUCAAGUUGUACGACGUCUUGGCUUUUGAUAUGGUCAAUAUGCUGACUGUAACGUUUACACCAGGAGAAUGUAGCUGGAUUUCGUCCAAAGGAGCCAUUGAACCAAAAGUGGCCGUCGCUGAUAGGAACAGUCCUGCCGUGAAAAUCUACACAACGGCCAACGAACCCGUACACAUUAUUGGUCAGCUGCAUGCUGCACCAGUCACAGCACUUGCCUUCAACGCUGUGACCAAUUGUGCUAUCUCAGCUGACCAAAAGGGCAUCAUCGAGUACUGGGAUGCCGACUCGUACAAGUUUCCGACAGGCAGGAAGGUGACCAAGUUCCGAUUCAAAGGGGAGACAGACCUGUACGAGCUAGCGAAAGGUAAAACACAUGCUACAGCUAUUGAUGUCUCGCCUGACGGCAAGAGCUUCGUGGCUACAGCAAAGGACAAGCAGAUUCGAGUAUUCAGGUUUGAUACGGGCAAAAUGCGGCGCAAAUACGACGAGAGCUUGGCUGUUUUUGAGGAUGCACAGGCCGAUGAUACGCUGCAUCUGGAUGCUAUUGAUUUUGGUAGGCGAGCAGCCGUUGAACGGGAGCUGGUCGACUCGGAUGUCGUGUCGAACUGCAUCUUUGACGAAUCUGGAUACUUUAUUCUGUAUGCAACACUAGCAGGUAUCAAGGUGGUGAAUGUCGAGACAAACAAGGUCGUGAAAGUGCUGGGUAAGGUCGAGAGCUCCGACCGCUUUUUGCGUUUGAGUCUGUUUCAGGGCAAACCUAAGGUUAAUACACAGUAUGAAAAGCACCUGAAGGUAGCGUCGGGGCUCAAACACGAAGCAGAGGUCAUGUCAGACUCGAUUAAUGAGCGGGACAGUAUCGAUCCUACGCUAUUCUGCACGUCGUUCAAGCGCAAUCGCUUCUUUCUCUUUUCAUCUCGGGAGCCGAAAGAUGACGAAGGUGAAGGCAACAACGCUGGAACUGGCCGCGACGUUUUCAAUGAGAAGCCAACACUGGAAGAGGCUCAGGUCGCCACCGAGUCUAGCGCCUCUAAGAUGCUUGGCGAGACAGCUGUCAUGCACACAACUAUGGGAGACAUCACCCUCAAAUUGUUUGGCAAGGAAUGUCCCAGAACGGUGGAGAACUUUUGUACGCAUGCGCGCAAUGGGUACUACGACGAUCUCAUCUUCCACCGUGUGAUCAAAAACUUUAUGGUUCAAACGGGUGACCCGCUGGGAGAUGGCACUGGUGGCGAAUCUAUCUGGGGAGGCGAGUUUGAAGACGAGUUCCACCGCAACUUACGGCACGAUCGGCCAUAUACGCUUUCGAUGGCCAACGCCGGCCCUGGCACUAACGGUUCGCAGUUCUUCAUCACGACAGUGCCUACUCCAUGGCUUGAUAAUAAACAUACCGUUUUUGGUCGUGUUGAACACGGCAAGGACACUGUUUCUAGCAUUGAGAACGCACGAGUGGACAAGUCAGACAAACCUCUUACGGAUAUCAAGAUUAUUAACAUUGACAUCUUUUAG